AUGGCGGCUCUCAAGGCCUACGUCGCGCGCACCAACCUGCCGGCGGACGUGGAGCGGCAGCUGAAGCAGCAGCUGCGCGUGCAGCUGCAGAUGCACAAGUCCGACGCCUCCUCCUUCCUCUCCAGCAUCCCCCACCACCUGCGAGUCACCGUCUCCCGCCAGCUCUAUCUCCCCAUCGUCGAGAACUUAGACGGAUUCCGCCUCUGCUCCAAGGCCUUCCUCAAGCAACUGGUGGGUGGUUCUGCCGUGUGCUUGUUCCUCCCCACAUAUGGAGAUUGGGUGCUCAUGGUGUCAGAGGUGAACGUGGAAACGGUCAUGCGCAAUGACAUCGUGACAUCGGAGGGCGAUGUGUCAACGCAUCUCUACAUUGUGCUCUCUGGCAAACUCGUUCGUGAGGACGGACCUGCAGCAGCCCUUCAGAGCGGGUGCUCCUCCUUCCUGACAGCGGGGUCGGUGUUCGGCAAGACACCGUGCUCCUCCUUCCUGACAGCCGGGUCUGUCUUCGGCAAGACGGCAGUGAUGUGCGACAUGCCGCAGCUCUUCACAGUGCGAGCGUUGGAGCACAGCCAGCUGCUGCGCCUCUCCAAGUCCGCCUUCACCACCAUCGCCACAGCCUAA